AUGCCGAGGAGUUUGUCAUGCAUCUUGUGCGGUGCUGGUAUCGACGCUUCAACGUCCGCGCCGGCGUGGAAUGACUGGAAGCGCAAAUUUCAAGCCAUAUACAUUUGCCGCAAAGAGUGGAAUGCAGCUCGCAUUUCUGGCAUUGGGAUGCGCCAGAAUUUACAGGAUCUCAUCCCGCUCGACGAGUCAAACAGAACGUAUGAUGUGUCCGACUCCAUCGUCGACCAGUCUUGGAUCGCAGUCGAGCUUUUGGAAGGCUACUAUGGCACACUUAUGCCCCGCCAAAACACACUAGAGGAACACUCGUGGUUUCUGGGAUUUCCUCUGCAUACGUGUUGUUGGGAUAUCCUAUCCGUCAACGGCCGCUACGAAAGCCAAGCAGCCAUCCAGGCUCUCUUUGAUGUCUGCGCAUCGCAGCCCGUCCAGUCUGGUGCGCUGAACUGGAAUCAUGACUACGGCGGAUUCUUCCGCUAUCAAGUGGACAUCCAAAACCUCUUUCCUGGUGAAGAGCCUGAGUUGAGUGACAGGCGGAUUCAGAACUCGUCGUAUGAAUCAGACCCUGCCCAGAUUCCCGAGCUGCGUCGACUUGCAUCCAAUGGCGAUAAUGGGCUUUCAAACACACACCAUGACCUUGGCCAGAAGCCGAAGUUUUAUACGCCAAACCCCAGUGAUCCAUUCCAACUCCUACCCUCCGACCUUCUAGUCGAAAUUUUAGUUUGGCUACCAUCGAACGACGUAGUCAGUCUUCGGCUGGCUUCGCGGGAAUUUGCAAACGCCGAGCUGCCAAACGGGUUUUGGCGAUCGAGGUUCUGGCCCGGCCGGGAGCUCUCUCACAUUUUUGAAACCGAACAAUGGGCGACAGCUGGAAGAUGCAAAUCACUAUUUACUGAAAUCAAAGUCUUGCGAGCGCUCCCAUCCAUGUUGAACAGAGAGCGGGUAUGGGCCCUAGCCUCUCGCAUCAAUGACUUGGUUCAGACGAGAUUAGAAGCACAGGUGUGCCAUGGAUCUCCCUGUUCCUCCAUUUUAGAGCCCGAUGCGCCGUAUUCCGGUCAACCAUGGCGCACAGCAGAGCUUCAGGUGCGCCGUUCGUCUUUUUUUUCGGAUGAUGCGUUUCGCAAAGGUUCAAUAGCGAUGUAUGGAAGGAUGAUGGAACUUGAGUGCCCAAUCUCCAGGAUCCAGGUAUCAUCUGUCCGGCUCAGUGCCAAGGCAUAUGUCUCUGGCCUUCGUAUCACGCAGGAGAAUGGCGACGAAACUCAGCUGGGAUAUCAUCACCCGCGGCAAGAGGUUGAUGCCACUUGGGAUGAUACCCUGAAGCCACCGGGGCCCCUCGUUGGGUUUGAUGCCGCACUUGAUUCCCGAGGAGUCCGCGGCAUUCGCUUUCUGUCGGCCCAGGCCAUGUCAUGCUGGAUUGGAGACCAUGAAGCACUCAUCCAGACAAAAGUCACUUGUGAGAAUUCAAAUUCUGAUUCAACACAAUUCAUCCAGGGCAUCAAGGGAGGAUUCGAUGCCUUGAAACUCGUGUAUUUGUCUAUACGUGGCCCCAGAGAAGGCAUCGAACAGCCUACAACACCUCGUAAGGAAGGGUGUAACAGGAUUAUCCCAAACGACGGCUCUAUGUUGUGGUACCCCCAGCUACCAGAUCCGAGACUACUCCUUCCGAGUGUUGCAAACAGGAACACCCGAAUUUACCCCCAUUUUCCAAACUCACUGUGCUUGUUUGGCGGUACAGACGGGCAAUUCCUUCCAUAUCUGGCUGGAAUCAGUGUUUGGGUGAAUGACAGAUCUGAUCUUCGCUGUGGUUAUUUCAGCAUUUCAGCCAUCGUGUUUCACUUCAGUAAACCUGUCGACGGUACCAAUUCAAUGCUCCUUGGACAAAUUCCGCAAUCACGCAUCGAGGGCACGCAGCGACACAAAUUUACCCUCGACUCUAUGAACGGUGAGCGAAUAAAUGGUGUCGACGCCACAUACGCAGGAUAUGGAAAUAUGAUUGUCGCCAUUACUUUCUACACAAACUAUGGUAGAACCAUCGAGAUUCACCCACGCUCGAGAACGUAUCUUGGCACCUUUCUCCGCAACAAGACUUUUUCAAAACAGCUGCGGCCGAAGGGGGGGACUAUUGUGGGAUUUUACUCCGUGGUGGCAAAAGCGCGACACUUGGCUCCAGACGCUGGGCAUCGCAUGUUCGACGUCUAA